GCCCCCCAGCUCUCCGUUUCUGGCCGGCAUGUGUCCGCCGGGGAUGCCGACUCCCAACGACACGCUGAUGACGCUGUGGAACCUGUACAGCAACAGACAGCCGCCGCCGUCGCCGCCGCUCAGGAGGCCCGAGGGCAUGGGCCUGGCGCCGCAGAGCGAGGCCCUCAACCUCGGCGUUCACAGGGAGAUGGCCAGACAAGAAAGAGAGCGCGAUCGUGAGAGAGAGCAUAGGAGGAGUCACGAGGGCGCCACUGAGCGGGUCCGCGAGCGCAAAAGACCGACGAAGAGAGAGCGUCAGGAGUCGACGCACCGCUCCAAGAAAACCCGCCAGGAGGACGAAGAAAACAAGGCGGACCAAGCCCCGCACACCAAAACCAGUAUCUCUCCAAAAGGUGACAGCAGUAUGGUGCUGAGCAUGGAGAUGAACGGCAUCGUCUAUCAAGGAGUGCUGUUCGCCCAGCCCAAGCUGGCUCGGGUCUAGAGAAGCAUGUAUAGUGCUGCCACCUCGAGCUUGAAAGACAACUAUAAGUUGGCUGUGCGUCCGGGCGGGGCGCCGUCGUGGGAAGCCCCGUGGCACCGCCGAGGACUUGCGGUGGAAGGCCGGAUCUCACGGGGCACUCGAAAUGAACGCCGUUGUGUGCAAGAUUAUGAAGUGCUCCUGCAGGGCGGCACUUUCUGAUCAGUGUGAGGACAUGUUUUAGGCUGGUAGUCCGUGUAGUCACCUAGAACACCGCCGCACCCGUUGUUUGUAUAUUUGCCCGCUCUGCUUAGCCGUUCGUGUUCGAGAUGAGCACUCAGUGCAAUGUGCGUCUGGAUGUGUGCUUGAUGCGAUGCCUUCACACGCUCGGGAUGGACAUUCUAUCGUUGAACUAACUAUUACUGCUCAGGGAGUGAUACAUUACCACGUAAAGACAUCCGACCACUCCGUUAGUACUGCAUGACGUGGCAACGGGUGCAAUCGUGCACCAACGCUCGAAUCAAACACCAUGAAACGUCUAAAACACGUCUCAAUCUAUCUUUCGUGAGCAUGUACAAAGUUUUACCUCACGCAGUUUCGGGCUGUUCCUAGAAACAAUCACCUGUGAGUGUUGUCGCUUCCGUAUCGUAUCACUGAAGUGGUGCGGUUUCACGUUUGAAUACCUGAUACGAUGUUAACACAAUUGUGCGAUGGCUGGACCUGGACGGCAACCACCGAAGGGUAUGGCGCGCGAAAACUGGCACUAGUUACCGCGCUUGGAUAUGACUUCUGGGUUUCGCAGUAGCCUGGAAUCUUGUGUUUGUUUCAAUAAACUCCCCACCGUGAUCUGA